AGCCCCUGAUGCCGUAAAGACGGGAGAGAUCAAAAACCACUUCGGCCGCAAGGUCGCUAUAGAUGCGUAUGCUAUCCCUAGAUCCGGCUCGGCCUUCAAUCUCCUUCGUGACUAAUGCCAGUUCAGGUCCAUGAGUAUCUACAGCUUCCUCAUCGCUGUCCGCUCCGACGGUCAGCAGCUCAUGAAUGAGACCGGAGAGACUACAUCACACCUGAUGGGAAUGUUCUAUCGCACGCUAAGAAUGGUCGAUAAUGGCAUCAAACCUCUAUACGUCUUUGAUGGCGCUCCGCCAAAGCUCAAAUCGGGAGAAUUGGCCAAACGUUUUGCCCGGAGAGGCGAGGCGACGGAAGCGCACGAGGAGGCCAAGGAGACGGGUACUGCAGAGGAUGUGGAGAAAUUCUCUCGUCGCACAGUACGAGUCACCAGGGAACACAAUGCAGAGUGCAAGAAGCUUCUGAAGUUGAUGGGCAUCCCGUACAUUGACGCCCCGACAGAGGCCGAGGCACAAUGCGCGGUGCUUGCGCGUGCUGGCAAGGUCUAUGCUGCCGCUUCGGAAGAUAUGGACACGCUGUGCUUUGAAACACCCAUUCUUCUGCGUCACUUGACAUUCAGUGAGCAGAGAAAGGAGCCUAUUCAGGAAAUUCACCUAAGCCGUGCGCUGGAGGGACUUGGCAUGGAUCGCAAGCAGUUCAUCGACCUCUGUAUCCUACUCGGCUGCGACUACCUGGAACCCAUCCCCAAGGUGGGUCCGAACACGGCACUGAAACUGAUUCGGGAGCACGGGACUCUUGAGAAGGUGGUUGAGUUCAUCCAGAACGACCCCAAGAAGAAAUAUGUCAUUCCCGAUGAUUGGCCGUAUCAGGAUGCCAGAGAACUUUUCCUCAAUCCCGACGUACGGGAUUCCAACCACCCCGACUGCGACUUCAAGUGGGAAGCGCCCGACGUGGAGGCCCUUGUGAAAUACCUGGUUGAAGACAAAGGAUUCAAUGAGGACCGGGUCCGCAGCGGUGCUGCCCGCCUGCAGAAGAAUCUCAAAACCGCCCAGCAGUCCCGUCUGGAGGGAUUCUUCAAACCAGUAGCCCGAACGGAUGCGGAGAAGGCCAAUCUGAAGCGCAAGCAUGACGAAAAGAUUCAGGAACAGAAGAAGCGCAAGAAGGAUGAGGCUAAGGCUAAAAAGGAGGCCAAGGCCAGACCCCGUGGCGCUGGCUGAUUGAUGGACUACCCAGUAUGAAAUCUAAUUCGAGAGCCCCGAGGUUGGGCGGGAAGGAGGAAAAAAGCGAAGGCACUCAUUGAGUUCCCAUGCGAUUUACACAAUCAAGGGGAAACCUGAUAUAUUGCGUCUCUGGGAGAGUGCCUUGAUUUGAAGCUUGGCGGCGUUUUAAGGCUCUG